CCUUCCCGCCGUGAGGGGGAGGCGGCCGCGGCCCCGCAGCCGCAGCCAUGGCGCUGGUCACCCUGCAGCGCUCGCCGACCCCCAGCGCCGCCUCCUCGGCCAGCACGAGCGAGGCGGAGGCCGGCAGUGAUGAAGAGCGUAGGUUAAAUGUGAGCCUCAGCGAGAGCUUUUUCAUGGUGAAAGGUGCAGCCCUUUUCUUACAGCAAGGAAACAGCUCCCAGGGUCAGCGAAGCCUUCAGCAUCCUCACAAACAUGCAGGUGAUUUGCCCCAGCACCUCCAGGUGAUGAUCAACCUCCUUCGCUGUGAGGACAGGAUCAAACUGGCUGUGCGUUUGGAGAGCGUGUGGACCGACCGCGUGCGCUACAUGGUGGUGGUGUACAGCAACGGGCGGCAGGACACUGAGGAGAACAUCCUGCUGGGAGUGGACUUCUCCAGCAAGGMGAGUAAAAGCUGCACUAUAGGAAUGGUUCUUCGCCUGUGGAGCGAUACUAAAAUCCAUCUGGAUGGGGAUGGUGGCUUCAGUGUGAGCACUGCAGGGAGGAUGCACAUCUUCAAGCCUGUGUCGGUGCAAGCCAUGUGGUCUGCUUUACAGAUCCUCCACAAAGCCUGUGAAGUUGCCAGGAGRUACAACUACUUCCCAGGAGGGGUGGCCUUGGUGUGGGCCACCUACUACGAGAGCUGCAUCAGCUCAGACCAGAGCUGCAUCAACGAGUGGAACGCGAUGCAGGACCUGGAGUCCACCCGCCCCGACUCCCCAGCCCUCUUUGUUGACAAGCCGACGGAAAGGGAACGAACCGAGCGGCUCAUCAAAGCCAAGCUCCGGAGCAUCAUGACCAGCAAAGACCUGGAAAAUGUGACUUCCAAGGAGAUCCGAAACGAGCUGGAGAAACACAUGAACUGCAACUUGAAGGAAUUCAAGGAAUUCAUAGACAAUGAAAUGCUGCUGAUCCUGGGUCAGAUGGACAARCCAUCCCUGAUUUUUGAUCAUUUAUACCUGGGCUCCGAGUGGAACGCUUCCAACCUGGAGGAGCUGCAGGGCUCAGGCAUUGACUACAUCCUGAAUGUCACCCGGGAGAUCGAUAACUUCUUCCCGGGCCUGUUYGCGUAUCACAACAUCCGCGUGUACGACGAGGAGACCACGGACCUGCUGGCACACUGGAACGAGGCUUAUCACUUCAUCAACAAGGCCAAGAAGAACCACUCCAAGUGCCUGGUGCACUGCAAGAUGGGCGUGAGCCGCUCUGCCUCCACCGUCAUUGCCUACGCCAUGAAGGAGUUUGGCUGGUCCCUGGAAAAGGCCUACAAUUACGUGAAGCAGAAGCGCAGCAUCGCACGGCCCAACGCCGGCUUCAUGCGGCAGCUGCUGGAGUACGAGGGCAUUUUGGAUGCCAGCAAGCAGCGCCACAAUAAACUGUGGAAGCAGCAGGCAGAGAGCAACCUGCCCCAGAACACCGAUGGCACCACGGGAUCRGGAGACUUCUUACUGGAGAGCUUGGACAUCGACCUGGAAAACCGCCUGGCUGACCUGGACAUGCCUUCCCAGUCAGCCUACCUGGACAACCGCGCCGGSUCCGACGUGUCCGUGGGCUUCGAUUACUGCUUCCGCCGCCUCUCRGACACGCUGCUGGAGAACAAGAUUCCCGGAGACAGGGAGGGCUUCUUCCACAUGGAGCAGAUGGAGAGGGAUGCCCUGGUGGGACAGCCUUCACCUGCAUUGUCCCAGGGGAGGCUGCUGGAGACGGGAAAGGCUCCGGAGAGAGCGGAGCCUCUGGCAGAGCUGGGUGGCUUCUGYGAGAAGGAGGCGAAGAAGAAGAUGGACUUCAGCCCCAGGAAGGGAAGGAUGGUCCUUGGGGAACCAGGGGAGGAUGGUGUCAGGGAGGAAAAUCCCAUGGAGAAGUGGAAGCGGCGUUUGUCCAUGCACAAGGAGGAGAGCAGGCUCAAUAGGGAGAACUUGAAUAACAACAACAGCAAAAGGAGUUGCCCAGAGGAUUUUGAGCACGAUGCCGUGUUCGGGAUCCUCAGCAAGGUGAAGCCUUCCUAUCAGUCCUGCACKGACUGCAUGUAUUCCUCAGCUGGGUUAUCCCCCGACUCCUUUGGGGAGCAGUGCGAGAGGCUCGGCGCCGGCACCACGCGGCGCAGCAGCACCAUCUGCACCCAGCCCCCGCUGCUGUCCCAGCUGCAUUCCCACCUGAUGGACCACCUGCCCAGCAGGGCRCACCCCGAGGAGCCACUCAGAACUAAACACAGCGAGGCUCCGCUUCCUCCAGCUCUGGGAGCUGCAGCUUUGGAGGUUGGCACAUGCAGGCCACUCGAUCAGCCCUGUGGCCUUUUGGAGAGAGGGAAGGAUGCGCCCAAAACGCCCAAAAAAACUCCACUGCCCAGGAGAAACUCCCACUGUGAUAGGAGCCUCCUUCACACAGAGGCGGUGAGGGAGGAGUCUCUGGCCAGAAAGGACCCCAGACCCACCAAGGACGUGAAGUACCUGUUGUUCAGCAAAGACUUGGAAAAGCCGAGCGCCAACAGUUACUUGAUGCAGCACCAGGAGUCGCUGCUCCAGCUGCAGAAGGCAGGAUUGGUCAGGAAGCACACCAAAGAGCUGGAGCGCCUCAAGAGCCUGCCCUCRGACGCCUCGGCGCUGCUCCGGGACAGCCCCCUGGGCAGGGUCGACUCCAGCAUCGUGGAGGAAAGCGAGGAGUUGAUGUCCCAUCCCGGCCUUGUGCCUCUCCUGGCCCCGGCCCCGCUGCUGGCCCGAGACGCAGAGAACGACGUGGAGAAGCUGGGGGUGAAGCGCAUCCUGGAGGGCACCUCCCAGAAAACCUCCACGCCGGCCGGGUUCCGCCCGGAGCACACGAGCAGCUUCACCAAGGACUUCCUGAAGACCAUCUGCUACACCCCCUCGUCUUCCCGCAGCUCCAACCUGACACGGAGCUCCAGCAGCGACAGCAUCCACAGCGUGCGGGGCAAGCCUGGCCUGGUGAAGCAACGCACGCAGGAGAUCGAGACCAGGCUGCGCCUGGCCGGCCUCACCGUGUCCUCCCCCCUGAAAAGGUCCAAUUCCCUCGCCAAGCUGGGAUGUCUGAACUUGUCCUCUGAGGACUUGUCGAGUGAUGUGGAUGUGUCCACCAUCACGGACUCCAAGGAGGCCGUGUCCAGCGAGUGCUCCGGGCUCUGUGAGCCCCCGCCCAGGAGCGCAGACGGCACCUCCAAACCUGGGGUGAAGCUGCUGGGUGGGAACUUGAAGAACACGCUUUGGAUGGGCAAAAGUUGAUGCCUUUCAGGGAAGGAGGGGGCUGGAUUUGGGGGUUUUAYAGCAUUUAUUCAUUGCGCCAGUGCUGUUUUAUCUUCUGACUUGCAGCAGUUUAUCUGGUGCCACCUCCUCGUCCCCUCCCUGUGCUCCAAGAGAGGAGGACAGAACCACGAUAGGUAACGGUGAAGGGCACAAGGGAAAUAAAAUGUGUUGCAUGGCUUAGAGGAGGACUUGGUGUGUGACUUACCUGUUGUCCUGCAGGAUGCUCUUCCUAGUACUGUUUGCCAAGUGUAAUAACGUGGAUUUGUGUGUGGUUAUGGAUAGAUAUUUGUAUCUCUAUCUAUCUGUAUCUAAAAUGCUGAAAUACUCUGUUUCAAAGACUCAAAAUAAUUAUUCAUUACUUUUUUUUUACAGAACAAACACAAGUCUCUAUUUAUAAACAGGGCACUUGUGRAAAAUCCUUAAAAUGGUGACACGCACACUACCUCUGUUCUCGCUGGCUUUUCAUCCUGGUUUGUUGUUUGGGGCUUUUACCCAAAAGGCUUUUCCCGGAAUUCUUGCUGUUGUUUGAAGGAAUUCCCUUAUCAUUAGCUGUAAAGGCCUGGAAGAGUGUGGACACAGAGGCUUCGGUGACAGAGUUCUGAGCUGUGUCCGUGGGGAUGCUGUGACCCGMUGUCACUGCGGCUGUGUGGCUGUCACAGGUGUUGUGUUCUUGGGGUGUUUUGCUGUUGUCAUGGUCUGUGUUGUCCCAGUGUUGACAGAGCCUGGCCAGUGGUUGCCCGUGGGCCCUCGUGAUGUGAAGCUGUGUCAGUGUCGUGGAUCCUGUGCCAGGGACCCUCUGUCACUGGGCUGUGGGUGACAUGGUGUGGCUCUCCUGGAGUCCCAGUAGGUGACCGAGUGUCUUUUAUGGUCGUGCUGUUGGUUUUGUAGGUCCUGGGUUUGCUGGCAGCCCAGGGAGCUGCUGGAGGAAUCCUGGGUGUUGUUURUGGUGGGUGGCCCUGGAGCAGGAGCUGGGCCCGUCCCAGACCCCACAGGGUGUGAGAGCCACAUCAGUCCCACCCAGGGAGCAGCUGGACAGAAAUGUGGACACGCUUGGAGGAGAGAGGUGUUGGAGGAAAAAAUCUCCAUGGAAAGGUUUUCUUGUCUCUCUUUGAGGUGGGGCAGAGCCAGGCUGCAGCAGCCGGYCUGAAUUGUAUUGACUGAAAACCCGGUGUCUCGAGGAAGGGAGAUGUGUUUUCCUGCCCUAAAUGCCUGCAGUUCCCUUUUUUUCCCUUAAGCAUAAGAUCCUGCAUGAUUCAUUUGUGUGAGGAAUUGUAGGGACAGGCAAUCAGUGAAUAAUUGUCCCUCCUGAACCAGUCUAAAUUUGAUGUGCACUUGUUCCACUCAGGAGAGCUGGUGUGGAGCAAAAGGGGGGGAAGUUGUGCAGGAGCGAAGUGCUGGGUUGUGCUCAGGGUGGGAUGAGACCCCAUGAGCUAUGGCCAGACCCAUUCCCUGUGUUUGGAUCAUCUUUAUUCUCCUUUGCACCCAGAUGUGGAUUUGGGAAGGAGCAGGUGGGAGCGCAGGGGCCGUUGGGUGCCACAGGGCUUGGAGCAGCAGCUGGGAAACCUUCCCUGCCUGGGAACCUCUGCAACCUCCAGAGCGAUCCCAGCACAAUUCCACCUUCACCCUCGGCUCACUGGGGCCACCCAUGGGGUCCUUCUCUGUGUGCUCCGACCCUUCCCAUCACUGCCUGGCUGAGGGAAGAGGUGCUGGGGACGGAUUUGAAUGAACUCUGAAAACUCUGUGAACCAAUACAAGCAAAGAUGUGAUUUCCUUCCCGUUUCUCGAGUGCCUGCCGAGUUCUGCYGCGUCCAACCCAUCACUUUCCAGGGCUCAGCUCGGCACCCUCCAUCCUCCCCGCUGCUGCUCCCACUUGGCUGUGGCUGGAUCAACCCCAGGCUUCUCUCUGGGCUCGGGGCUCCCUCCCUGCGUGCUGGGGAUGCACACGCGGUUUGUGGGAGCUGCUCCGGCAGCACCGCUGUGCCAUUCCCAGGGGUUUGUAGCCAAACCUGCCCCAUCACACCGGGUUUGUUGCAUGACAAGGUUGAUGUGUUUGUCCUCCCCGCGUGUCGUACGUGUCCUUACGAUGGAGUGCCUUACUCAUGGUUUACAAACACUGUGUAUCUGCUGAGCUGUUCUCUGCUGUUUGCUGUUCUCUUGGGGAGGUUUUGGUGCUUUUGGUGUUUCCGGUGGCAGUGAGACCGUCCCUCCUCCUGUCCUGCCCUCCUGUCCCCGCCGAGCUCGGCUCUGCUCACCUGCUACCACUUCCCCCUGCUCUGGGCACGGCAGAACCAAAGGGCUCCGUGCCAGCCCAGGUGCCGGUGGCCGCUCCCGGUGUCYCCGUUUAUCCCAUUUAUCUAUGCAUCGCUGCCGGAACGCGGGCGGGGUGUGCAGGGACACAUCCCAUCACUGACCACGCUUUGCUCGGCAGAUCCAAACCCCAUCCCGUCCUGCCAGAAAUCCUGAAAUGCACAAACCGGCACCUUAUUCCCAGUGCAGGCGGUGUCGCUCYRUGUGGCAGCAGUGCCCGAGCUCCCKGGGGCCMUCCCCGUGCUGGUGUCACCAAUUCCUGGCCAGAGUGGUGGGGACUGUCCUGGUCAGUCUGUGAGGAGGGAGGGUGAGUGAAGUGUAGCUGUUCCUGUGCAUUGCUGUACUCCAUAACAACGUUCCUUUAUUCCAUGGUAUUUCUUAAUCCUGGUUUUAUAUUGAAAUCUGCAGGAUUUUUGUACUGUACGCCCGCGGGAGGGGAUGCAUCAUGCACUUUUUUUUUUUACUUUUGUUUGUAAAAAUGUCCUGGAUAUUUUAUGUGCUUCUUGUGAGAAAAA